AUGUCUACACCUGUCGAACACAGUAAAGCCCAAGGUCUUCACACUGAGAAUAACGGAUGUGGGAUCAUCGAAGUAGACGCCGAGAAGAAGCUCAUCCGGAAGAUCGAUCUCUCCCUGAUGCCUUCGGUCUUCAUUCUCUACCUUUUCUCCUACAUGGACAGAUUAAACAUUGGCCUUGGAAAAAUUGCCGGAAUGGAAGAGGAUCUACAAUUCACAUCUCAUCAAUACUAUACAGCUGUGAUAGUAUGGGUAAUUGGCUAUACUAUUUCUGCGGUGCCAUCUAACAUGAUUCUCUGUCGGACUCGCCCGUCAGUUUUUAUUCCAACAAUCACGUUUGCCUGGGGAUCUGUGGCAGCUUCAAUAGGAGCUGUCCACCAUCAGAGCCAACUGAUAGCCCUAAGAUUUCUUCUUGGGGUCUUCGAAGCAGGAUCAAAACGGUUCAUCACCUUCCUGACCGCAGGUAUACUAUCAGGAGCCUUUGGCGGCGUAAUUUCAGGAGCUAUCACAUCGACAUUAGAUGGCAUACACGGUAUCCGAGGCUGGAGGUGGCUCUUCAUUGUCGAAGGAGUCGCGACUGCCGGGGUAAGCUUGAUCGUGCAUUGGACUCUACUCGACUUCCCAACCAGCAGUCGUAGGCUAUUCCCCGAAGAACGAAAGCUCGCCCAACAGAGACUCAUUGAAGACGGAAUCGCCGACCAAGGAGACUCAAAAGCCCAACCCACUUCUAUAUUUGUCCUCUUGCUUAAAGCCCUUUCAGAUUGGCGCACUUGGAUAUUGAUCCCGGGGUACAUGGCCAUUUUGGGAGCUUCAGCUAUCUCAUACUUCUAUCCAACCUUAGUCAACGACAUGGGAUACACCUCCACAGCCGCGCAGUAUGACUGCUCCGCUCUACAUCGCCCCUCUGGCUGCGGCUCUCCCCAUUUGUUGGUUCGCCGACCGCAACCCCCAUGCUAG